GCUUUAGACCCUUCACCAGCUUCAUUGCAUUUUGGACACGCUCCAGCACUCCUUGCAGUGAGGGGCCCAAAAACUGAACACAGUAUUCAAGUAUACUUGCACAUAUGUGACUGGUUUAGAUCCCUGGCACUGGUUAAGAGCAGCAGAGACUAGUAUUCAAACAACUGUAGUUUGUUCUUCGCAUUAGAAACAAACUAAAGGAAUGGAAAUGUGAUCUAAAAGGACUUCUAGAUGCUUUUCUCUUUUACUUUGGGUUCUGAACAGUCUGUCUUGAUACAGAUACUCCGUAGUGCACUGCAUGCAUUUCCAGGUGGGAGACUCUGAAAUGCUUGGUGUCCUUCUAAGCUAGGAAAUACACAUAAACCAAAACAGGCCUUCUUGUCUACUAACAAAUUCUGCAAGAUAAUUGACUGUAGUGUGCGUGAGUGUUUCAAUAAACAGGUUGCUAUUAAGUAAUGUCCAAAGCCUGAUUAUGUUAGUUCCACAUCCUUCUCAAUCCUAUUAAUUUUGUGAACUAUUCAAGUUUAUUUUUCUUCAGUUUUAUACACUUGGUGAAAAACUGCUCUAAUUGCCAAGUAUUACUACUUGCUAAUGUUUUCAUCCCUAGAAGUUCCUGAUGUUUUUUUGUGUGUAGGUAACGUGCGUUCAACAUGGAAGAAACAAUUAAUUUAUAAGACCUAGAGAAUGUGCUCAUACGCAUGGAAAUUCUGAAGGAAAUACUGAUGUAAAAGUCCAGUCUUCUAAAACAGGUGAUUUACAAGCUCUCUCAUUUACAAGGCUACACCUACUAUUUGGCUGCCAGCUCCUGCAGCCUCUCCAGUACCAACCAAUCACUUGUCCCAGCAGCUGGAUCUCACAUCUUACUCUGGUACCAGUUUCACUCAAUUUGUUGUGAAGAGCAGAAAUAUAUGAAACGUCUCAAGCCUAGACACAUUCUUCCUAUCCUCUUCCAGCCUUAAAAGCUUACACAAAAGGUCAUAGAUAACUGCUUAUUUUUCCAAAGAAAACAGACAAGAUACCUAUGAAUUUUUCUUUUUGCUCUUUGACUACUGUUAUUUUCUUGCCGGUGUUGUCUCAAGUUUUUUUACUUUGUACACAAUAUUAUUCAUUAGUCUCUAUCUGUUCCUAAUUAUAAAGCAUAAUGCUUCUUGUAAUUCUUUAUUGUUAUUUUUAAAUUAUCCCACAACCCUCAGUUUUUUUCUUGCAAAUGUAAAAAAUUCUGAUGAGAAAAUUAUCUUCUUUUGAUACUUCAAAGGGAAAUCUUUAAAUCUCUGAGGUACUUCACACUCUUAGCCACACUCUAGAAUUAAAAGGUAACUAAUUUCACUGGAGCUUGCUUUAUGACAAACCAAAGAUCACGUUGGAAAAGAUGAAGAAAUUAUGUGUAGAUUUUUGCAUGUUACUGUGAAGGACUAAUUUAGGUGAUGGAAACUUCAUGAAAUUCUCUUUGUGCUGUAAAAAUUAAGAGCACACGUGAAUUAUUACAAUUGUUCAGUAUAACUUAAUAGGUGGAAACUUGGUAAGCUGCUGUAAUUUGGUUGCUCUGAAGUUCUGUGCUCAUACCAUGAAUUCUUCAUGCACCCAUAUACAACAUGGCCUGCUGCAGCCUCCCUGAGAAAUGGGACAAGUGUGCUAGUUAGGAGUUGGAUCCACUAUAAUAAGAUUAUCCCACAGCUAAACAGACCUCAGUGAGCAGCUAUUUUAAGCAGAGAAGAACAGAGAACAAGAGCAAACAGCUAGAAAACAUGUCCAGCUGUCUACAUUUCUGGAAUACCAGGGUUGACUGUGUUACUGUGGUGUGCUUUCUGUCAGCCUCAGAACUAUCUGAUUUCUUACUCAAAUGCUACCAACUCACCAGUGGGUAUGUGCUGGUGCAGUGCUCUUGGGUUGGACUCCCCUGGCACUCUCAAGCACUUCAUCAGCUGCUUGUAGAGGAGCUGAAUCCUUUACCUCUUUCUAGUAUCCCUGGGCAUGACUUUCUAUUUCCAUUAUAAACAUUGUCAAAGACGAUUUGAGAAGAGAGAUUUAUCCAUAAAUUGCUACAGUUUUCUAUUCUUCACGUUGAUUGCUAAGUGUGUUUUUCUUUUGUGAGUACUUGUCUUAUGCCUUAUACAGCCCUUUUGUAUUAGAGUGUCUUCAGCAGCAACCCUAAAACCAGGAUCAGAAGUAAUAAACAUGUCUGCUUCCAGCUGCGAAAAGAUCAACUUCAAAAACUUUCACAAAUGGUCCUGCAAAGAAAAUUAAAUUGUUAUUGCCUCUUUCUUUAUUGACUAAAUAUGUUUAACAUCUUAAAAGAGUUUUCCAUUGACAUGAGGUUUUGGUACAUGCCAAGAACUAGGACAUAAUUUUUAAUUCUGUCUGACUAAAAUUUUGAAAUGGAGUACUUUGCUGUACUGCUAUACUGUUAUUUAUUUUUCUGUGAUGGGAUAUUAUGAUAAUGUAUAUUAUAAAUCUUUCCUGAGGAGAUUUCAGUGACUUAUAAGUACUUAUCUGGUCAAAGUAUUCAUCUGCAGCCAACAAUCCAAAUACAAAGUGAUUAUUUUGAAAAGCAAUCACAAGUAAGUUAAGCAGUUUUUAGAUGUAUUGAGAAAGAAGAUAAAAAUACCAUAAAUCAGUUUAUAAAUCAGUUUUAAGGAUUUUAAUCACAAAUGAUUGAGGAGGCUUGGAGUUAAAUUUCUACUUUUGUCAUCUCAUAGAGAAAAUGAGAAGUCAUAGGUAUGAAGUCCUAAAUUCUCUAGACUUGGAUUUGGUUUAUGUACUGUUAACUGAUUAUGAGAGUUGGUCCCUACUAAAUAGAGUUGCAAAGGAUUUAAAAAUAAAUAAAUUGUCACAAAACUCUAGUGAAAUAAUGCUAUUGUAUAGCUCUUUCCACUUCUUUCUCUCCUUUUCACCUUCCUUCUGGAUCACAUUAUGCAAGAAAAAGAUUAUAGUAAAGAAAGAGUAUUUAGUAAAAAUAAAAUAUGUAGACGUUCUUAUCUUUCUCUCCAGUGACCUUCAUGCUGACUUGAAAGGGGCAGAGCAGACUUCUCACACCUCUAGUGCGCUAGUUCGAGGCUUCAGUGAGCUUCACAAGGCGUCACUUCUAUGAAUGGCAUCAAUACAAGCAUCAAAAGCCACUAGCAUCUAAAACUGAAUUAGCUGAAAAGAUUUAAAAAUGACUGAAGAGAUGCUGAGUUAAAGACAAUUUGACCAGACAAAAUAGUCAAAGUUGUAGAUUUUAUGAUUGUGGUCAUAAGUGAUAUUUUAGCCCUGAUACCAGUAGAACUUACUGUUCCCAUUUUUCCAUUAGCCAGCCAGAUACUUUUAAAAUGGACCCUAGUUAUGCUGAUUAUAAAAAGCAUUGGAAUAGUCUUGACUUGUGCAAUAGAAGUGCAAAAAGGAAUAGGAGAAGAUACAGAGGUUUCCCCAUGUGUCUGUCUGUCUAAGCCACCAGGGGGGACUCAUUCCUCAUCUAUAUCAUUUACUGCAGCAAGUAUCUGAAAAAAACACCUAUUCUUGAAGAGGGUGAGAAAGUCACGGAGUUCAGCAGGGAGCUUGUCUUCAUUUCUGUUAAAAAAGCUUUUAUAUAAAAUCUUUUAAAUCUGCAGUGCUCUUUCCAGUCUGCCCAUGAGUAUAUCAGCCACGCAACACACUGUGCAGCAAAGCAAGUGCAAGUCUAGCUGCAGAGGGACAGACCCAGUUUCAGUUGAGUAAUCGUAUAUGUCAGCAGGGUACAGUCAGUGCCAUCUCAUGCCUACUACCUCAAACUGACCUAUGACUUUCGGUAAAUCUAUUGUACUGACUCAGUAGGGAGCCUGGCUUGGCUUCUUGCUGAUUAGAUUUGCUCCAUCCACACCAGUGGCCAUGGCUUUGUGGUUGAAAGGAACCUUUUAUUGAUUGUACAUACACAAGAUAGCUCUUCUCUCAGUGGCUGCUGCAUCACUCCUUAGUGCCUAUCUCAUUACUCCGUUUCUUUUUCCCAACUAUUACAGCCUUCCCAAUUUAUCUCAAUUUCACUACAUAUUUCAGUAUUUUUAAGCAAAACUUGUCCGUUUGGAAACAGAACUUAUCGCUGUGACCACAAAGGGUUUGUAUGUUUUGUAGCAUUCUAUUAAACAACAGCAAAAAUCUGUGUGAUGUAUGUACUCUGGAGAUCUGUCAGGACAGUUGUAUCGUUUUGAUUUUCCACUUAAAAGCCAAAUGUUAGAAGUUUCUUUCAGUCUUGAACUCUGUCAGGUCAGUGGGACUCUUCUUGUGGUCUGUAGAAAGAUUUUGAAAUACUGAAGAUAAUUCUUUAGCCAUAUUAAAUUUUCAAAUUUCUAUCUUAUUUUGUGAAUUUUUACAUGUGUUAGCUCAUUAGUUGGUACUUCUAGAUACUUUUAAUUGAAUUCUGUCAUCUGCUUUAACUGGUCUGUGAACUCUUCCCAUCUGGGCACAAUCAGUCAUGUUAUUGUGCAUGUUGCUACUCUUAUAUUUUGUGUUACAUGUUCAGACGACUUAUAAAAGCCAAUUUCUUUAUCUUUUGCUACUUUACAUUUAUAAUAUGUAAAAUAUCACCCUGGUGUGCACAGAAUUUGUGCUUUUAGACAUUGUGGUGGGGAGUAGGGAAAGUCAGAAGAGUUGAUUAAAUUAUAUUUGUUGUAAGUAAUUUUUAUUGAGUUUCCUGCUUAGCACAAAACCAAAUACUUGUCUAUACUGCUUCUUUUUUUGUAUAAAAUAUAAUUUCUGAUCUAAGAGGAGCUCACAAGCAUACAUGCAAAUCAAAAAGGUAGCUCAUGAGGAAAUAAUUUGAUUAAGUUCUGUAAAUCAUUCUUCCAUAAAUUCAGUAAGUUUCCAUAUUUUAUUAUAUUCAGAAGAAAAAAUGUAAUUGUGUUUCCUGUCAGUUAGAUGGUGUUCUCUUAAAUGAGGUAUUAGUCUAUUUUGGAUUUGUUUCUCUACUUGGGACUAGCAAUACUGAUGGGUUUGUGCAGUAAAAGCUGACCCAGUUUAAUCCACAGAAUUGAUAUAGCAGAUACAGGCAAAAUAUAUUCUUUGUGAAUUGCACUAACAGACAGAACUAAGGGGGUGUGUAAUACCAAAAGUGCUUUGAGAGCUUUUGUUUCAGUGUUUCAAACCUGACCACCAAAAUCUGCAACCUGGACUGUUUUCAGCAUCCCAGGUUAAAAUCUUCAGUUGUGACAGGUAGAUUCUGUGUCCUUAUAGAAACAUCUCAGUCAAAAUUUGACACCGUUUGUUGUUUAUUGUCUGGUGUUCAGAGUCCACCUGGAGCCAUGCCUGUGCACUGCACUGGCACAUCAGUCAGCAGUUGGGCUCUGUGCUCUUGGGCAAGUUGUGCAGCGCAGCUUCUCCAGCAGACUGUGAGGAAGAGCACCAGAGAAGGUCACAGAGGGAGGCUGGGAGGCGGACGUGGGACUUCUCAGUUCUGAUUUUAUGGAUUUUUAAGAUUGCUUUCACUAAGAAGUGUAACUGAUAGACACAACUUUGAAGAUGGUAGCUGACAUCAUGCACGACAUCAGUGGUUCUACUCAAUAACAUGUUAGAUGACUGCAUUCAGGUCUCACUUUGGAAACACAUCAUCUAUUUACACACCUCCAGAAUGCCUGUGUGUUCUUAAAGCAUGGUGAGCUUUGUAAGAAAUUAAGUCUGAAAACUUGUUACUGACUACCAUAUAAAUAAAAGAAUGGACUGAUUUUCAUCAUUUGUGGAUUUUUCUCUUCUUUAGGAUGUACAGGAAGUUCUGUGAGUGUUUGAAAUUCUGCUUUAGUGAAUGUUAUGUCUGAUGAGUCAAAUAAACUUGCCUUUUACAUGCUUCUGGUAAUCAUAAUUUUACUUCUCCCCACUUCCCCAUUUCACACAGUUUUUUCUUUCAUUUUUCAUUCAUGGUUUGAGCUGCGUUGUCUGGGGAAAAUGUAACAAUAAAGGCAGAAAUUAUUUUUCUUCACAAAAUUUAUUGUGAUGAUAACUGAGAGUGUUGCGGUAGGAUUAAUUAAGAUUGCAGAGAAUUUGACAAAAUAACCAAAUAUUCCCUGAAGACAUGUGACUGAGGAUGACUGCGCUGAAUUUUUGUUCCUCUUUCCACAAAAGAAAGUUUUAUUCCAUCGAAUACUGAGCAAAAUAAGUGACUAUGUUUGGAAUUUUGGUUUUCAUUUUAUUCACCUCUGGAGUCAGUGAAUUUCUUUGUACGUCGUCAGAUCUAGAACUGUCGUAUACUUUCUGUGAUUCUACAGCUCAUACUUUCAUGUUUAAUCUGACACCUUGCAGCAUGAACAAAUCUGUCUGGAAGGCUGCUCUUACCUGGAUUCCAAGAAGUGACAUCACCUUUUUGAAGAUUGUCUUCAACGUCUGGUACGAAGGUGCCAAUGCAUUACACUGGAAAGAAGUCCUUUGCAGUGGAUCCGAUGACAUAUACUCAGUGUGCGGAACACUGAAAGGAGAAUCAUUUGCAACAGUAUUUGACAUUAAAGGUUCAAGAAUACAGUUUCCAAAGGGCAAUUAUAACAUUAUUUUGCAAAGUUUCUCUGAUGACUCGGACAAUAAUAUACUCAUGUGCUUGAAUUUCACAAUGAUAGUAAAACAAGACGCUUUCUGAAUGCAGCAAAUGUUUCAAAUAAUUCUAGAAUAUGGAAGUCACUUCUACAAGCAACUGGAAUCCGAGCUGCGAAAUAAUAAGCACACUAAUUUUCUUGAGGUAGACUACAUCAUGUACUGUCUGGAAAGCUACAUGAUGGAUGGUCUUACCCAUUUAUAGCACUGCUGUAAUCAGAUGCUCAGCCAAUGUGCACAAAAUCUCUGGGAACCAGGAAUCCUGAUUAAUCCACAGAAUAACCCUGACGGGCUGUCAGGCCGAGGACUGCAUUUUGGUUCUGAGCCUUGAGUUAUAAAAUAGCAGAGUCCUUCAGACUGUGCUAAACUAAUACAAGAAGUUUUGAAGUGCAAGAAUCAGAAGUCUACCAGUACUCAAUUUAAAAUAAACCAUCAGCUGAAUCUGAGAACUCUGUCGUGGAUUUUUUUUUUCUUUUAACAAUAAAACU